GCGUCAGCUGGUUUAUGUUUAUAUCGCAUCAAUUUUUUCGCAGUCAAGCUAGACCUUAUUGUGCCCGGCUCCAAAUACACGACAUACGCGAUAAUGUAAUCGAUGAACAUUGCUGGUUUGCACGAGACAACCGCUGAGGUCCGAAAUCACACGACAGUGACAGGCACACCUCAGGACUGUCUUUAGAAGCUCUUCUGCUGUCAUCAUGGGUGGAGCCGUCAGCGCGGGUGAGGAUAACGAUGAGCUGAUUGACAACCUGAAGGAGGCCCAUUACAUCCGCUCAGAACUGGUGGAGAGGGCCUUCAGAGCCAUUGACAGAGCGGACUAUUACCUGGAGGAGUACCGUGACAGUGCGUAUAAAGACCUGGCCUGGAGGCAUGGAAACCUCCAUCUGUCUGCUCCAUGUAUCUACUCGGAGGUGAUGGAGGCCUUGGACCUGCAGCCUGGCCUGUCUUUUCUCAAUCUGGGCAGUGGGACGGGUUAUCUCAGCACCAUGGUGGGCCUUAUACUGGGUCCGUUUGGUGUGAAUCACGGUGUGGAACUGCAUGCGGAUGUGGUUGAUUAUGCAUAUGAGAAACUUGACCACUUUAUUAAAACCAGUGACAGCUUUGACAAGUUUGAGUUCUGUGAGCCGACCUUUGUGGUGGGAAACUGUCUGGAGAUCCCUCCGGAGAGCCGGCAGUAUGACAGGGUGUACUCUGGAGCAGGAGUUCAGAAAGAGUAUGAGAACUACAUGAAGAACCUGCUAAAGGUUGGCGGGAUCUUAGUUCUCCCCCUGGAAGAGAAGUUGACCAAGAUCACCCGCACAGGUCAGAGCUCCUGGGAGACCAAGAAAAUCAUCGCUGUGACCUUUGCCCCGCUCGUCCAGCCCAAACAGAAUGUCAAUGGCAGACCUAGGAGCGUUCCUUUACGUGAUUCACCCAAAAAUGCAUUGCAGGACCUGUCCCGGAUUGCUAUUCGCCACACUCUGCGGCAACCUAUUGCUAUGGGGGAAGGACACACAAAAAGACGGGUGUCUUUCCCAGGGGCCCGGGCCAUGCACCGCUACGGGCCCCGCUUCGAACGCCGCCGCUUCUGCCGCCGUUUCUACCGCCAGUGCGUCAACUCCGUGGUUCUCCACGACUCCAUGAUUCCCACAGCCAUGGACGAUUGCAACUACCCUGGAGGGGUGGAAGAGGAAGAAGAGGAAGUGGAGGAGGAAGAGGAAAGGGGUUGUCGCCGAGUGAGAGAAGACCUGCCCGAGGAGGACGAGGAAGGAUGCGGCACCGAAGAGGAGAAAAGCAAAAGUGGCUGCGCUCGUGUAGAGCCUCCCGUUAAUAUUCUGAGGGAGAAGAUUCUAAGACUCCCGUUACCUGAACCCCUGAAGAUGUAUCUGCUGUAUUACAGGGAGAAAUGAGACGUGGCGAGAGAUAAUACGUGUGGUGUAGCGCUAAGACGAUUAGACAUGAAGAAAAGCCUUUCUCUUCUUCCUCCUCCUCUCAACUGGAUUUGCAUGACAAUUAAGUCCUCAAUUAAUGACAUCAUGAUAUCCAUAUCCCUUUGAAAAGCAAAGCUCCUUGAUUCGGGAUGUACAGAGAUGGAACUGAAGGACUGAGCUCAUUUCCCGAAUAAUCAACGUCGCCUGAGCUCAUGCAGCUCUUUUUUAAUUCAGUUUUCCCCUCGAUUGAGAUGAUCAAAGUGUACCAUACGAUACAUUGUCCCUGUGGGAAAUGUUUGUUGCUGUGAGCUCUUUUAGAGUAGCGUCACUUUGGGAAGUGGCAUAGUGUGACACGGUGGAUUGA